AGAGAACCAGUACCUUGUUAGCCGUCAAAUAGAAAUGAUCUCGAUGGAAAGUACUAUUAUCACUUUGGCAUUUGUUGCCAUCGUAUUCUUUUUAUUGAAGCUUUACGCAAAAUACAAAUUGAAUUAUUGGAAGAGACGGGGUGUCGAAUCAUUGCCGAGCAAUUUGUUGUUCGGUAAUUUUAAAGAAGCCGUGUUAUUUCGUUCAGCACCAGGAUGGCAUUUAGGCCAAUUGUAUAAAAAAGCACCUAAGGAUGCUCCGUACAUUGGUUUUUACAUAUUUCACAAACCGUGUUUGCUUUUACGCGAUCCAGAUAUAAUCAAGCAAAUUUUAAUAAGGGAUUUUGAAAAUUUUUCCGAUCGACAUUUUGCUGGUUCCAAUCAAAAGGACAGUAUUGGAAUGAAGAAUUUGUUUGGUUUGAAAAAUCCCGCAUGGAAAUAUCUCAGAUCGAAAAUAACGCCUACGUUGACACGUGGAAAAUUGAAACAAAUGUUUCCACUUAUGAUGGAAACUAGUGUACCUAUGAUGGAACAUUUGAAAAAACAAUUAACUAUUAAUAAUAAUAAUGUUACAAUUGUUGACGGUCAAGAAUUAAGUUACACCUAUACCACGGAUUUGAUCGCAUCUGUUGCACUCGGUACCAAAAUGGAUUCUUUCAACCACCCCAAUGCCGAAUUCACGGCUGCUGUAUCAGAAUUUUUCCAUGGAUUUAAAAGAAUGGUAGCACUGGUAACUGUAUUCUUCAUGCCCGAAUUGGUUGAAAUCAUCGGUUCUAAUAUACUUUUCAAUUCGAAAUUUGUUAGAAAAGUAUUUUGGAGUGCUAUGGAAAAUCGUGAAAAAACUGGCGAGAGAAGGGGUGAUUUUAUCGAUUCGUUGAUACAAUUGAAAAAUGGCCAACAAAAUCCUAAAUACAAAUUCGAGGGUGAAAAUCUUUUGUAUCAAUCUGGUACAUUUUUUUCCGGAUUCGAAUCUAGUUCAACGUGUAUGUCAUUUACACUUAUGGAACUUGCAAAUAAUAUGAAAUGUCAGGAACGUGCUAGACAGGAUAUUAAUAAAGCAAUUGACAAAUAUGGAUGGACAUAUGAAGCAUUUAACGAAAUGAAAUAUCUUGAUCAAGCCAUUGCCGAAGGUUUGAGAUUACAUCCGCCAGUUUCUACGAUAGAUCGAUACACUCGGCAAAAUUAUCAGAUACCGGGAACUGAUAUAAUCAUUGAAAAGGGUACUCCAAUUUUUAUAUCUCUUUAUGGACUUCAAGAAGAUCCCAAAUAUUUUGACGAACCGGAAGUUUAUAAUCCGGACAGAUUUGCUGAGGGUAAUCAUAUUUCGGAUGCUUAUAUACCUUUUGGUAUUGGUCCCAGAAUGUGUGUAGGUAUGAAAGUUGGUCAACUUCAUGCAAAAGUGGUAUUAGCUCAUCUCUUAAGGGAAUACGAAAUUUGGCAAGAGGAAAAAGAUAAAAGCGUUUUGGAUCCACGUUCAACUUUUACAGCAGCAGCUAAUGGAAUAAAGCUUCAUUUCAAAAGUUUUAAGUUUUUUAUUAACGGAUUGUUAUUCGUUUUAACUCUCGCAUUUGUAUUUUAUUUAUGGAUGAAAUACAAAUUUUCGUAUUGGAAAAGACGUGGUGUACCAUCAUUGCCAACAAGUUCGUUAUUUAAACAAUUAAAGGAUAUCAUUUUUGGUCGUAAAUCUGGAAGUAUGGCAUUAGGUGAUCUUUAUUUAGAAGCCAAUGAUAAGGACAAAUUUUUGGGAAUAUAUAUCUUACAUAAACCAUUUUUAUUAAUUAGAGAUAAUGAACUUGUUAAAAGUAUACUAAUCAAAGAUUUCGAUGUAUUUUGUAAUCGAUAUUUUGCGGUUAAAUCGGCGAAUGAUUUGGCUACUUUUAAUCUUUUCUCUGCUGAUAAUCCUGAAUGGAAACAUCUUAGAGUUAAAAUGUCUCCGUUAUUUACGAGUGGAAAAAUCAAAAAAUUAUUUUAUCUAAUGAACGAGACGUCCGAAACAAUGGCAGAUUUUCUUCAAGAAAAAUUUCAACAAAAUUCUAAUAUUACGAUAGAUGCCAAGGACGUUUUUAUGAAAUAUACCACAGAUGUUAUAUCUACCGUGGCAUUUGGUGUUCGAACUAAUUCGUACAAGGAAGAAACUUCGGAAUUUUAUCGACAAAGUCGUUUACCAUUCAAGGCAAAUUUGAAAACGGCAUUAAUGAUGUUCUCGUCUUUCUUCUUUCCCGAAUUAAAUAAAAAUCUUGAUUUUAAAAUGAUGGGAGAAUCUAGGGAAUACUUUAAUAACCUUUUUUGGGAAUCUUUCCAUGAACGAGAAAAAUCUGGAACUAAGAGAGGAGAUCUUAUUGAUUAUUUAAUUGAAUUAAAAAAUGAGGAACAAUAUGAUGAUUUUAAAUUUGAAGGAGAUGUCUUGCUCGGUCAAUCAUUGAUAUUUUUUAUCGCUGGUCGAGAAAGCACUGCCACUACGAUAUGUUAUGCCCUUGCUGAACUCGCGAGACAAUCUAAUUUACAAGAAAGAUUGAGAAAAGAAAUACAUGAAACAUUAAAAUCCGAAGGAUUCACUUACGAAGCCGUUCAAAAAAUGAAAUAUCUACAUCAGGUGAUCUCAGAAACUUUGAGAUUACAUCCACCGGCACCGAUCAUUGACAGAGUUGCUAUACAAGAUUAUGUGAUACCUGGAACAGAUGUACUUAUUGAAAAAGGAACACCAGUUUAUACGGUAUUAACUGGCAUGCACGUAGAUCCGAAUUAUUUCCCAGAUCCAUUACGUUUCGAUCCUGAUCGAUUUAGCGACGAAAGAAAAGCUGAUAUUUUACCGUAUACUUACAUGCCCUUCGGUGAUGGACCAAGAGUCUGCAUUGCCAUGCGUGUCGGCAUGUUACAAACUGCAGUUGCUUUAAUACGAGUACUUAAUAGUUAUGAAGUUUCAUUGAAUUUAAAUGGAAAUUAUAAACCAGAUCCUACAAAUAUGUUCAUAACACCUGGUAAAAAUUUCACAUUGGAUUUAAAGAAAAUAACUGUGGAGAAUUAAAAAUAUCAAAUAUAUACUGUAAUGAUGGAU